CUUGUCCACUUUUAACUGAAACAGCAGAAGUCGUGUGGGACAUACUUGGGAAGGACAAUGUGUCCAUAUCAGGAAUACCAGAUUCAAUGGACUCAACUCUACUGCAGAUAAAUGAGUCUACUCAGUCAAGUGAUGCCAUGUCAUUUUUAGACAUCCAGGCUCUGACAGCAGUGGGAGGGUGCCUGGAAAUGGUCACCAGUGUGGCAGAUGUGGCAGAUGUGGCGGUUACUCCAAGCAAUCCGAGUGAUGCAGCAGUUCCCACUGUCAAGGCCGUACACACAGUCCCUGCAGCAGCAAGUGGUGGAAGAUGUGCUCCACCAGCAAGGAGAUCCAAUCUUGAACCAUGCCUUGAAUGUGAUGAACUGUAUCAUAAGAAGAUGAAAUUAGAAAUUGAGGUUCUUAAACUAAAAAAGAAAAUGAUGGAACACAAACUAAAGAAAUUUAUGGAAGAGUAGAAGACUACUCAUGCUUCUCAAAAUGUACAUAUUUCUUAAUAGCUGGCCAAAAUACUUGUAACAAUAUGGUUCUUGCAAAUAUUUUCUUAAAGUCAACAAAUCUACUUCAUUAAACAUGGUUCAAGCCUAAUGUAGGUAUCCACAUGAUGCUUAAGGCACUCGAUGAGUGUGGGAGAAGUACAUGCGCUAGUAAGGUUAAACAUAUACGGUACUGUUUCAAUUUGGUUUGGGAUUGGGUUAUGCUUGGCUUAGUCACAAUGUUGCAGAUUCAAAGGCUUUCAUAUCUAUGUUCAAACAGAGGUUAUGUGAUAAUUUACAGGAGUCAUGGUACUCCUCUGUGGAAUCUUCACCUAAAUGUUAUCUCUACAAAGCCCACAAAUAUUUUUUGAAUGUUGAAAAGUACUUAUGUUGUGAUUUACCUUUACAUGUAAGGAAUGCUAUUCCAGAUUUAGAUGCUCAAAUUUUAAAAUUGCCAUAGAAACAGGAAGAUACGCUAAUGCUGAUAGACAUCUAAGGCUGUGUAGCCACUGUAAAAAGAAUAAUGUCAAUAUUAUUGAGGACAUAUAUCAUAUUUUGCUGGAAUGUGCACUAUAUGUUGAUAUUAGAAACAAAUACCUUAUUGACAUAUAUAAUGAUAUGUCUGUUGUUAAUAUUUUAAAAGAUUCAAACACAAUUACUGUAUAUAAUGUUGGAAAUUCCCUCUAUCAUGCAGAGCAGAGGAUCAACUUAAAAUAUGCUCAGUAACUGAAAUCUAAUGAUGUUUGUAUUUUGGGCCUGACUCCCCUUUACCCUUUCUUGGUGAAUGUGGCAGAUUCCCUCUUCAACUUACUUAUAUGUCAAGGUCAGGUUAAUAUUUGUGUAGACUUUUAACUCUUCCAAGUUGUAGAUUACCUCAUCAAUUUUAUUUAAUGUUAAAGUCUUUGGAUGAAUGUGGACAUAUAGCAACCACAGAAUGAAAACAUCUAUUACAUUCUUUGUGAGUUUUAAAUGAUGUUUAUAUUAAAGUUAAAUUAAUUUGGUACUAAAUCUUUUACUGUCAUGUUGAUGAAAAUAUCCAAUAAUUUGCCUUACCCUAGAA